UGAUUCCUAAGUUUUUGCCAACAGAUUUGUGGGCUUGCCUCUGUCUUCCUGGUCUCCGAGGUCCCGAGUUCGAUGCCUGCGAUGGCAUGCAGCUAGUAACGGUAGCUUGCGCGUAGAUCUAGUGGCGCUGUGCAAAACAAUGCGGUGACGCGAACCACUUUACGGUCUAUCGGGAACUCACUAAAAUCGAAGUGAGGGACUUGAACGCAGCUAUCGGCAACGUGCUUUCGUCCCAGUCGCCGCGGAACUUGGUUGUGAGACUUACAUCUCACUAUUGCCAGUAUUUGCAGUGUUUUAUGGUGCCACGAGGCGGUAGCUAAUUAGGCCAGCAACCUGUCCCAGGUGUAAUCAAACAUGGUUGUGGCCCAAUGGCACGAGUGAAACUUGGUGGUGUUUCUAAACACAAGACGACUGGCUGGUAGCUACGCGGAUUUGUGAGCUUUAUUUGCUAGGUUAGUAGAGUUGGUGAUCUGGUACAGACUGUAUCUCGUGCUUGUAUGCGCGAACAACAGUAUGAAGUCAGGCCAUUGGCAUUGGCAUUGGCCUGCACCCACCUCCAGCCUUACAAUAAUGAUAAUGCUGGCAGCACAGCACUGUCCAUUCAUAAUCGAGACGAGAUGCUGUUGUAAACUUUAUCAGGUGGAUCUCCAGAGCUGUAUCAAUAAUGAGCGCUAGUCCAGUGAAGCAAGUGGCUGCUGCGGUCCGUGAUCGUGAAGAAUGGUUACCCCUGAACCCAGCCAGACUCCUUCAGCUAAUGAAAACACUGGCCAUGGUGUAUGUGAUGGCUUACCUCAUUACACAGCGACAUCAGUGGCAGAGCAUGAUCAGGGGCAAGAGCAAGUGCGACAAAAUACUCGAUGGGUACAGAGUUGGCAGCAGGAAAGAAGGACAGCAUGACCAGUUGGACUGUACACCCAGGCACUUUGACAGCCAAACAGCUAGGACUUGUUUCCGCAAUUCCAAAGUUCUCUUUAUCGGUGAUUCACAGAUCCGGGCUCUGCAGAACAGGUUUUUAGAGUAUGUUAACCCGUAUCCAGAACCAGAAGUCGAGAAGCCGUCUGAGAUACCUGGCAGAGACCUACGCCACCAGAACAGGACAUCAAUUAUCAAGGAUGCUGCUAUACAUGUGGACUUUAUAUGGGAUGCAUUCAUCGGCGAGUCAUGGACUGCCUUGUUUAGCUAUUUGCAAUCGAAUCCAUUGGACAGUGUGGACUUGAUUGUGACCGGGGCAGCUUUGUGGACAAUACGAAGGGACCCAUCAUUGGAGGGAUUGGACCAAUACAAAGCCGAUACGGAAUCUGUACUACGCCUGCUGUCAUCCCUGGUACGCGGAUCAGACACCAGCUUAGUGUGGCUAAAGCAAGCGUUUGUCAACGAAUCAGUGCUCUGGCCUAGCAGGAAGAACAUCACCAACACACGUAUUCGACUGUUCAAUGCUGCUGUUGAUAGUAUCUGGCAUCGCUUCAGAACUCCCGGUAUGUUUCUCUUCAGUCCCGGUCAUGUGACACUGAAUGAAGACGGUAUGCACUAUAGUGCUGAUGCCAGUGACAGGGCCGUCCAAGCCAUCCUGAAUACCCACUGUAACUCACGACUACCGGUAACUGACAGGAAGACCUGUUGCCAAGGGUUACUUCACUCAAUUACUGCUCCACAGGUUGUGUUACUGGUUAUAUUUGUAUGCAGUACUGUCAUAACAUUAUGGGGACUCUGGUACCGGAAUCGACGCUCACUUUCUCUACUCGGAUCACCUUGUCGGAAUUCGUGCUGUGAUACAGGUCUAAAGUGCAGUACUGCAUCACCUGUUGUGAUGGUCUGUCAGUGCAUCACAUUGCUUGGAAUAGUGCUUCUCUACACCUACUUAGCUGACAGGACACCAGUAUUCACGAAAGAGGAGAAACAUUUCAACUGGACAUCAUUCACUGUUCCAUUGACAAUUUUGGGAAUUCUUGGCUUUGUGACAUACCAGCCAGUCAAAGAUGCUUCUGUUCUAAACCGUCAGCAAACCUGUGAAACACGAGGAUGGAUGCAGCUAGUAUUGCUGGUGUAUCAUUACACAGGUGGUAGCAAGGUUCUUGGUCUGUACUAUGUAGUUCGACUGAUUGUAGCAAUGUACAUCUUCCUAAGCGCCUUUGGACAUUACACGUAUAGUUUGAAGCGUGGAGCAAGCAGUUGGUCUCGUGUAGCAGAGGUCCUAUUCCGUCUAAAUAUCUACACCGUUCUACUGUGCUUGACUAUGGAUGUACCGUAUCUUCACUACUAUUUUGUACCACUGAUCUCAGCAUGUUAUUUACUAGUACUACUGGUUGCUGCCAUACCUCCAGUUGCAUGGGAUCAGAACAAGUCACCAUGGAUGCAGGUGCUCAAGGCAAUCUGUUUUAGUAUCAUCUUCGCCUUAUAUCGGAUACAACCAGAUAUGCUCAACUGGAUAAUAUCCUUCCCUCCGCUCUCUCAACUCUUCCUGGAUGAUGACAACUCCCUACACGAGUGGACAUUUCGUUUUGGCCUAGACAUCCUGGCUGUGCCAUCGGGCAUCCUGUGCGCCGUAAUGCUGCAUCGAUUCCCACAAAUCAAUGGAUGGAUAUGUUCAAGGAGUAUUGGUAACAACUUGACGACAAUACUUUCAGCCAUGACAUUGGUAGUGUACUGUGGAAUGAUGGCAACAAACUGUACUAGUAAACCAGAGUGUAAUCUUCUACAUACCUACCUAUCACCAAUCAUGCUGGGAGGAUUUGUUCUGGUGCGUAACACGUGGGAACCACUACGCAACCAUUACAGUAUGUUCUUUGACUGGGUGGGAAUCUACUCUUUGGAGCUUUUCAUCGCCCAGUAUCACGUCCUGCUGGCUAAUGAUACACGUAGUCUACUUGUCCUGGUCGAGGGUAAUCCAAUUCUCAACAUCUGCAUCGUGACAACCAUCUUUGUACUGGUAUCACACACUGUAGCUGAGUGUACACAAAUGUUAGUCAACGUCAUGAAGGGACUCGCAGCUGAGAAUGAUUAGGUCUGAACAUAUGCAAUACAAUUAUUGUAGUACAAUAGUGAAUUAGUAUAGUACUGGAGAAUGGAGGUUCUACAAAAUCAUGCCAUUUUGGAGAAGUAUAAUUAUUAUAGCGAAUUCGCUUCUGGGCGCUAAGUAUUAUGGCUUUGAGUCGGCUGUUUCACUUGACCAAGUGCAUCGCUGUGUUGGGCCUUUGCCUAAGCAUUUCAGCUGCUGAUGUGAUCACACAACCUCUAUAGAUGUUUUUAAACUUUCAAAUCUAGAAAACAAAUCCAACUAUUUUAUUAUCCUAACGAAUCCUACUAUUUUUUUUUAAAUCCUAUCUGAGCUAUCCGAAUUCUCCAAUUAUCCAAAUCAUAUUAGCUGUGCUCUGUACAUUAAAUUGUACACUCUAAUUAUCAUGUCUUGUCAGUGUGAGGAAUUUCCAUUGCAUUUUUGUUAG